CGGUUGAGUAAUCACUUCCCUCCUGCUGAUUAUAAGACCCUGAGUGUUCCAGCUGGACCAGACGAGAGGGCCGAACUCUGAGGAGCACAUCAUGAAGUUGGAUUUGGCUGCAGCUCUGUCUUCUUUGGCAUUAUUGGUCGUCUUUCUGUCUUCAGCUUGCUGUCAGCAGCCUGUGAACUGCAGAUGGGGCCCUUACGGAGAGUGGUCGGAGUGUGAUGGCUGCUCCAGUACAAAGGUGCAGACUCGCCAUGUGGAGGUUUACGCCCAGUUUGGGGGUUUGCCAUGUUCAGGAGGAGCCACACAAACACAACCAUGUGUCCCACAGAAAGGAUGUCCCUUGGCAACAAGCUGUGGAGACAGAUUCCGCUGUACCACAGGUCAGUGUAUCAGCCAGUCUCUGGUGUGUAACGGGGACCAGGACUGUGAGGAUGGCCUGGAUGAGAGAGGCUGUGAUCAAGACAGCAGCCAUUACUCAUGUGACCUUGACAAAACGCCUCCCAACUCUGACUUCACAGGCAGAGGGUACAACGUGUUGACAGGCAAACUGAGAGCAGGUGUGAUCAACACUCUGAGCUUUGGAGGGCAGUGCAGGAAGGUGUUCAGCGGUGACCAUAAGAUCUUUUACAGACUGCCACAGAACCUCCUCAGGUACAACUUUGAGGUGACAGUAGACAAUGAAGAGAGCGAUGAGUCCUACGAAAGCUCCUGGUCCUACGUGCAGCACAUCCAGGUCAACUCCUUGGUGGGACACGACCGCCGCACUUUCCAUAAAGAGGUCACUGACAAUAAGGCUUACAGACUUAUAAUCCUGAAGAAUAAAGUGGAGCUGGCCCAGUUCCAAAACUCUGCCCCUCAGUAUCUGACUCUGGCUGAAGGCUUCUGGAAGGCCUUGUCCUCGCUGCCGUACACGUACGACUACGCUGCGUACCGCCAGCUGUUCGAGAUAUACGGCACACACUACCUCUCCGAGGGCUCACUCGGAGGCGAAUACCAAGCCUUGUUGGAGUUCGACCACCAGGCGUUCCAAUCGACCAGUACGACAAAUAUAGACUACCAGAGGUGUUGGAGAAAGGUCAAACGCCGUUUUUUCCGGAAGAAAGUCAAGACCGUCUGUGAAAAACUGACUAAAGCUUUUUCAUCCAACGACGGACACAGCUCAACCAAGAUGCCCAUCAAGGUCAAGGUGUUCGGAGGAGAUGUGUCCUUUACCGGCGCUCUGUCUAGCCUGAAUCUGGAAACGCCAGAAGUUAACGGAGAGAUCUACGACAACUGGGCCUCGUCUGUCAAAGACUUCCCUGAAGUCACAGACCAGAAGCUGCGUCCUCUGUAUGAGCUGGUGAAGGAAGUGCAGUGUGCAGGUUUGAAGAAGCUCCACCUGAAAAGAGCCACAGAGGAGUACCUGGCGGAGGAGCAUCCCUGUCACUGCCGGCCCUGCCAGAACAACGGCCAGCCGCUGCUGACGGGCUCUGAGUGUCACUGCGUCUGCCGGCCGGGAACCUCAGGACGAGCCUGCGAGAUUGGAGCUGUGAUCGGAGAACAACCGGGGAUCAUCCAUGGCAGCUGGAGCUGCUGGUCCUCCUGGGGAUCCUGCUCCGGAGGUCAAAGGUCAAGGACCCGAAGCUGCAACAACCCCGCCCCCAGCAGAGGUGGCCACCACUGCUCUGGGCUGCAGGUGGAGCAGAAGCCUUGUGAGGACGCAGGCAUCCAGCACUUACAGAUGAUGGAGCCUCAGUGCUUCAGCCUCUCUGUGACGCCACCAAAGACAUGUGGAACGCCUCCAAACCUCAGGAACGGGUUUAUUCAGAAUCCCAAAGACUUUUACCUGGUUGGAAACAGGGUGGAGUACUCCUGCACAGACGGUCAUUACCUCAGUGGAGACUCUGUGGCUGAAUGCAUGGAAAAUCAGAAGUGGAGGACAGGAGCGAGGGUUUGUAAAAGCUCAAUAUGUGGGAUUCCUCCUCUCAACAGUGAAGUUAUAGCCACGCCCACGAAAGCCGCCUAUCAGAUUGGAGAGAGAGUGUCCCUGUCCUGUUCUACGGGUUCAGUGCUGGACACUGAGGUGUCAGAGAUCAUGUGCAGUCCCAGUCUUCAGUGGUCUCCUUCUCCAGCCAGUGUUCUCUGUAAUGCCGCGCCCCCAGCUCCCUCUCCUACAUCUGGCCUGAAGUGUAAGCCGUGGGAGAACGUAGGAAAGACGGAGUGUGUGUGUAAAAUGCCAUCUCAGUGCUCAACUUCUCUACAGUUGUGUGCCAGACUGGGCUCAAGCCGAGCCCGUUUACUCAGUGUUUGUCAGCUUGGAGCUCUGCAGUGUAUAGGACGGAGCUUCCAGUUGGCCAACGACAGCGACUGUGUCUGGCCAGAAGAGACGUCCACGUCCUGUGAGGAUUGCAAACCAGGGACAAUCUGUCAGGAGUCGAGGUGCGUGUGUCAGAACGUGUCAGAGUGCCCUAAAGACGCCGCCCCCCUGUGCGCCAGCUCUGGUGCUGAGGGCGUUGCCAUGGCGUUGACCGAAUGUGAGGUCGGGGCCAGACGGUGUGCUGGUGAGAAGGUCAAUGUUCUCAGUAUUGAGUCCUGUCCAGAAUAAUGAUUGUUUUAUUUUACUGAGCAGUCUCACACUGUUCAUAAACGAGAGACUUGUUUUCUCUCAGUGACUGAAUUGUAAAUAGAAUCAAAUAUGUUUUUCUAACACUUGAAUGAUGUAAAUAUGUUCCUCUGCCAUCCUGUGGUAUCUUUAUAUAUUUAUCAUGGAGGACUGAUGAUAGACAAACAAUACAUAUGUGGUCGCGCACAUCCAAAUACCGUUGUGGGUGGACCAAUAGAAAGACAGCAAUGAAAAUAUAAAUAAACACUGUAGUUCCCUUAAAGCUGCAGUGGGUAGAAAUCGAGCAAAUAUGAUUAUAAAAAAAGUUAUUUUUAUAAAACGGUCACUAUA